AGUUAUGUACCCAAAGUUGCCCGUGUGGUGAUAACGAACCAACUUAUGGACCACUAUAAUGUUUAUAACAAUCUCUAGUAUCAGCUACAAAGUACAAGAACCCCAACACACCCCCAAAACACCUCUCCUCUCCUCCAAUGUUUGUGAUAAAGCAAGAUCCCAGAUUUAAAGAUGCUGAGGAUGAAGACGAAUACCAGGCUGGAAGAAAAAACCCCAUUCUCAGAGACAUUAAAACUUGUCGGUUAAAAGGGCAGCAGGAGGUUGAGUCCAGUGACUCCGUCAAGUUCGAACCUCCUCUCUACAUUCAGAGAUAUGCUGCGGUCGUUGAGCACUGUAAAAGGGGCCAGUUUCGGAACAUUGCAGACUUUGGCACCGCAGAACUCACCUUCGUUCAGUAUCUCAGGAAUUUAGAUUUCGUUAACCAGAUAUUUGCCGUGGACAUUGACCGGGGCUUGCUGAAUUGUCACAAACACCGCUGUAAACCCCUCAUGUUCGAUCAUCUUAAUAAACGAGCCGAACCAUUGAACAUUUCAGUUUUAUGUGGCAGUGUGUUGGAAUUCGACUCCAGGUUACACGACUUGGAUUGUAUUUGUGCGAUUGAACUCAUAGAACACCUACAAGCAGAAGAUGUGAACGCAUUUUCAGAUAAUUUAUUUGGCAGUUUGAAACCCAAACACGCGGUCAUCACAACUCCAAACUCAGAUUUUAAUGUUUUGUUCGAGUUUGAACCUGGUCAGAUGCGACACUGGGACCACAAGUUUGAGUGGACCCGGGACGAGUUUUUGGCUUAUUGUGAUGGAGUUCAAUCUCAGUAUGAUUACACCUAUAAACUAUUCGGGGUGGGAGACCCACCUUUAGAGAAUAUAUCAGUCGGGCACUGCUCACAGGGCGCCAUAUUCACCAGACUCGCUAUAAAACUAGCUUCAUCCACAGAGACCAACACCAGCCACCUGUACGAAGUUAUCAGUUCAGUAGAUUACCCUGUAGCGGACAAGUCCCACACACCUGACUUCCACCUGACCAACGAGCUGAUUUACACGUGUAGACGGUUAGGUAUGGACCAGUAUCAUUUAGAGGGAGAUGAGAUAUCAGUCAUCUCCAUAGCUCACCUUCAAACCUUUCCCAGUGUGGAUCAGUAUCGUGUGUCGGACGAGCACAUAGCGGGGCUGGCGCGUGCGUGCAGUGAACUGGAGGUGAUGGAGGAUGGGAUGAGUAUCGUGGUGUGCAAUGUUCCAAACUCACCUGAGCCAUCUGAGUCUGAUCUCAGUGACGAUGGUCUGGGUGAGGUGAAUAUUGAUGAUGUAGUGUGGGAGGCGGCGGAGGAGCAGUGGUGAGGUUUAUGAGGUAGAUCUGAUUUACUUUUCAUCAUAUUCAGAGAUAAGUUUUAAAUAUAUAAUAUAAUUUCGAAUGUACAGCAGAAUGUUCGCAAUGCUUUUUACUCUGCAGAUAAUGUAGCACCGCCCCGCCAGUUUUAAAGUGUUAAAAUGACGUGUAUUUUAAAAUAUUCAAUCAUCACCAAGCUGUAACUUCGUUAUUGAAUUUCAUUGUUUUAUGAUACAUAGAGUAGCUUGGUUGGUGUGCACUUGCGUCUUACAUUUAUUCAAUCAGCCUGUCGCUCUUUCAUUUAUUUUUCAGAUCAACAUUUGCGAUUUUCUUUUUUCUCUCUCAUUCUGUCAUGCGGAUUGAAACUUUGUAUUAAUGCAAUAAUUUCUAUCAGAUAUUUAUGUUUAUCAACUCAAUCAUAGCAGCCAUAUGAUUUUGAAUCUGAUUAUUCUAGAUAGAGUCAAAUAUUAUAAAUUUAUUUCCAAAGUUUGCAUGACAGAUGUUUAAUGGCAUCUUUUAAAAUAGGAUAAUCUUCUAAUUUUAGUCAUGGAGACUGGUGAUCGAGCACAUCAAGUUCUCGUUGAAUUUAUUCAUUAUCUAUGCCUUAAUAACUAAGAUAUUGUGUAAUUAUAAAAUUAAGAAGCCAAUGCCAGGCUGCCUCGCACAUAUCACGUAAUACGUGGUACGUGCUUGUGCUAUCCUACUGCAAAUCUUUAAGUUGCAAACUAUAUUAACAAAAUGUGCGGGGUGUCAUCACCAUUCACCUUUAAUUCGAAAAUUUAAACCUUUACCAUCCGAAAAUGGCAAAACAUUUCUCUGCCAUUAUAGAAAUUUCGCCAUCAAGGUUAUCAAUUCAUCAUUUAGAACUAAAUUCGAAAAAUUCCAAAUGA